AUAAGUUGGGUCCGACCGUUACAAAAUAAAGACUAAAAAACAGAGUGAAGCUCUUUCGACGGUUGGAGGUUCUGCAAUGGCGUCCAUAUCUCUUUCCUUAGCCACAAUAUCUUCUUCAAAAGCUUUGCUUUCUCACCAAAAGACAUCUUCCAUUGCCAGCCUCAAACCCCAUGAUAAGACCUUAUCACAUUCUAUAUUGGGUACCAGUCUAAUAAGACCAACAACAUUGACCACAACCAGAGGAAAAGCCUCUUCUCCUACAACUAAGAUCACUUGCUUAGCUUCUUCUUCUUCUUCUUCACCUCUUCCCUCUGCCCUUUUAUUUGACUGUGAUGGAGUCCUUGUUGACACUGAGAAAGAUGGCCACCGUAUUUCUUUCAAUGACACUUUCAAUGAGAAAGGAUUGGGUGUUACUUGGGAUGUUGAUUUGUAUGGAGAGCUGCUCAAGAUUGGAGGUGGGAAAGAGAGAAUGACUGCCUACUUCAACAAGACAGGUUGGCCAGAAAAAGCUCCCAAGAGUGAAGAAGAGAGAAAGGAAUUCAUUGCUUCACUUCACAAGAGAAAGACCGAGUUGUUCAUGGCCCUUAUUGAGAAAAAACUACUGCCUCUUCGACCCGGCGUAGCUAAGCUGGUUGAUCAAGCUUUUGCAGAAGGUGUCAAAGUUGCUGUAUGCAGCACAUCUAAUGAAAAGGCGGUCUCUGCAAUAGUAAGUUUCUUACUCGGACCAGAGAGAGCAGAGAAGAUCAAGAUAUUUGCUGGAGAUGUUGUCCCUCGCAAGAAGCCUGAUCCUGCUAUUUAUAAUCUGGCAGCCAUCACCCUAGGUGUUGAUCCUUCAAGCUGUGUUGUGGUGGAGGACAGUGCCAUAGGCCUUGCUGCUGCCAAAGCUGCUGGAAUGACAUGCAUAGUAACUAAAAGCGGAUACACAGCAGAUGAAGACUUUUUAAAUGCUGAUGCAGUUUUUGACUGCAUUGGUGAUCCUCCUGAAGAGAGAUUUGACUUGGCAUUUUGCAAAAGCCUUCUUGAGAAGCAGUAUGUCAGCUAGACUAUAUAUAUAUAUAUGUUCAUUAAUUUGCUUAUAAUACAAUAGUUUUCUUAUGAAUUUUUUUUUGGGGGUAUUAAUUAAAUAAUGCAUAAUUAAGGUUGUAAUCAUGAGCUGAGGUGUCUUGUCUAUAUAUAUUGUGUAUGGAUGUAAUAAAAGCUAGGUUGAUUAUGAGAAUGCUUCACCAACUAUGCAAAAAUUCUCAUUGUGCAUUGUAUUUUGUAUAUUUGUAUAUGCUUUAACCAAAUCUUGUUUCUGUCUUAAAA